UCCAAUUAUUUCUUCAAAUUGCAAAAGCAUACAUUUCCACAAAGUUGACAUGAUUUCUUGGAUGAAGAUCAUCAAAGUCUCAUACACUGGGUAAUGUUCAUGGAGUGAGUCAGCCACAAGCUUUGUUGCUCUUUUUUUGCAGGGAUACAAAAAGUAAAUGCAAGCCAUGGAUGAAAUUUAUAAGAUCGCUUCCACAGAGAGGAUCCAGAUGUUGGAGAAAGAACUGGCUAUGCAAUUGACUGAACUAAAGUCUGAGAUCGAAGAACAGGGGACUCUUCUGGGAACAGCUCAGCGAGCUUACAGCUCUAUUAGAAUACCAAAGGAUAUUUCUUACUAUAGAAGAGAAAGAGAACUGGCUCUGAAGAGAACUUUACAGGUGGCUGAGUCAAAGCCCCUUGUUAUUCAAGCAGAUGUCAUGCAGAGGGAGCUAGAGAGCUGCCUAAGAAGAGAGUACACUCCUGAAAAUUUACCUUUGCUUCUGCUACAGUAUUACACAGAGAGAAUUACCCAGCUGGCCCUGAGUAAAUAUUUGCACAUGCUUAGGUGGAAGAGGUUUUGCCAGCACAGUAAGAUCAUGGAGCAACUUUAUCCUCUUUACAAGAAACAAGUCGCCUACAUUAUGCAGGAGUACAGUAACGCUCUUCAGAGAGCAGAAAGGUUGUCUGUUGCUCGAGAAAACUUCCUGAUGGGAAAAAACAAUCCUCCUAACUUAGUGACACAGGAAGACCUUACUAUUUACACAAAGUGGUUAGUGUGUCACCUACACUCAUUCAAGACUAUUCACCGCUUCCUGCAGGCCCUCCAGUAUUUGCCCAUCUCCAACGUGCUGAGUGUAGCAGUCGACGAAGUCCCCGAGAUUGGUCAGGAAAGUGAACAGGUCCAUGUCAGUGACAUCAAUCCUGACCUGCAGGGUUCUGCAUCUCCAGGCACUGCGAAUACCAGUAUUUCAGGGAUGACAAGAACAAAAGCUGCCUUCAUCCUGCCCCAACACACAACAGAAACAGAAGAACUGAAACCUCAGCUGAGGCUCCUGCUUUCCCAUUACAAUAUCCAAUAUGACGUGGAGGAGCUAAGGGAUGCGGCCAAGGAAAUAGAACUUUUUUCCCUGGUUUCCCAAAAAUUCCAAAGCAUCUUCAUGGAGCAACAGAGAAUGCAAACAUUUCCAGACUAUGAUACUGGGAAAGCUAAAGUAGAGAAUUUUGGCUUGGCAGGACCUGGUGUGGCCUUGAAAAAGAGAGCCAACUGGAUUCCCUUUAUAAAGAUUAAGCCAAAAUGUGAUCCUUGGCAAAAGAAGCUUUUGACUAAACUAAAAGAACGAAGAAGAAUAGAUGUAUUAAUGCAACUCCAAGCAAAGUUUCUGAAGAUUUGCAACCCUGAGCGAGUAAUGCAAGUGCUCCAAGACCAUGCUGCAAAGACAGUCACGCCGGCUCCAUCUCAUGCAACUUUCGUGGCUUCCCAGAGUUUGCAUCAGUGCAACUAUGUCCAAAUCUGGGAAAAUAUUUAUAGCAACAUCAACCUCUACCAGAAUGAAAAUAUGAAGGAUGAUGACCUUUCCAUGGAACAAAGUGAAAGUGACCUAGCACAAAUAAGUCUCAGCCAACGUGCCGAGGAGCCCAUCAAGCAGAAAAAAGAGACAGGGUACAGCUAUGCAAUGGCCCUACAGCUGCUGGGUUUGAAUGAUGGCACUGGGCCCAGUGACAGGGAUCCUGUCCUUAUAAGAGGGACCUACUUGUCCUUUCUGUAUCUGCGCCACCUGCGAAUCAGGGAGUUGCAGCGCAUCUGCUUAGGAAUUCUGAACUACUUUAGAUCCAUUGAACGAACGCUGACGAUCAACACUUCAGGGCUUACCUCAGUUGCAGGGAGCCUGGUCCCUACCAUAGAAGAUAGUUCUGGGGUAAAUAUAGCAAAAGGAGGCUUGGGCACCUUGCAAGGCGUAGGAGCUCACCACUACAUCCAUGGGACACCUGCUGAGCACAAGGUCCACAGCAUCCAAUUCAUGGAGUUCUCGGAAGUAGAGAACCAGGAUGACUACUACAGCACAGGAGCUGGCUACAUCUACACCCAGGACCAACAAGGGGUGCAUGUCAUGUAUGACAAAGCCUUGAGUGAUCUGAAGGAGCUAGAGACAGAACUUCUGCUUGUGGCCAGCCAUUACAUUGAGAAAGAAAAAGGUCACAAAGAGAACAAUGAGUCAAAUGCUGGCCAUGAAUGGGGAUGGGCUCAUGCAGGAGUGGACAGAUUUGCUGUGCUGUAUGAUGUGUGGACUUGGGAAGCAGUUCUCCUAGAAAACAAGCGCCAGCUUCUUGACAGUUACUUUGAAGCCUACCAGCAUGUGUUGGACCCUGAGGAGAGGUUUGCUUUAGCACAAGUGAUCACUGACAUCAUGCACAGGUGCCCAAGGUUUGAUCUCAGCCACCCUUAUUUCAUUAAAGCCUACCAAGAUGAAUGCGCCUGCCUGAGGCUUCACCUGCAGCUAGUGAGGGGCAUCCUCAACCAGCACAUAGAGUGUCAGCGGGAGUACGUCCAGAGGCUUUGGCGAGAAGGCCAUCCAGAUGGUAGCAAUAACUUUGGACUUCCCUUUAACAUAAUUUGCAAACAACUUAUUUCCAUCAACAAUAGCUGCCCAGCUUUGAAAAACAUUUAUCUACUGGAGUUCCACCCUUCCCUGGGCCUGGCAUCGCUCAUCCCCAGAGCUCUCGAGCAUCUUCUCCAGGAGGCCCGCCACAACUGCAGGCCCACAUCAGCCAGUGGCCUUGCCUUGCUGGAAAGACGUGUGCUGUGUCUGGCCCUGGAUGUGUGGCUCACCCCAACCAGGCCCGAGUCCUGGUACAGCGCACAGCUCCAGAAAGAUCUUUUUUCAGCUAAAGUAAUGGGAGAUCCCUUUCUCGUGGAGGAGAUAGGCCUUCUUGCAUUCAAGUCUGCAGCAGCUGAAAAACAGAACCAAGGCCAAGAUUCUCACAUGCUGCUCCUGGAUACGUUUGCCAAACUACUAGAACUUGUGACCCUCCGCCACCGGCUGAUAGAAAUGAGUCUGGAGAGUGUACACUUAGCUCGUCUCUAUAAGGAAAUGGCCCAGGAGAUGGGUUUUGAAGAGUUCCAUUUGUAUCUGAGGCCUGUUCAGUUUGAAUUUGCAUCACACAAAGACAAGGUGGACCAUCUACCUCCUAUCUUUAUCACCUCUUUGCUGGAAGACAGUGAUUGCAUAGACAGAUAUUCUCCUACUACUCUUGUCUUAGCCAUCUCUGAGGUGGAUGAUAACCAAGUUGGCAAAUUUAGUUUUUACACGAAGGAAGCCAUCCUUAAGCUCUUGUUCCAUUCAGGAGUGGAAAAUAUGCAAGUGACCCUUGCAUGUCAAGCUGCUCAGAAAAACGCUUUGAUGGUGGCUGUCCAGCAGGCGUCUUUCUAUCACACUCCCCGAGGGGGCUGUCCUGCUGAUGUCAAGGAAAUAUGUUCAGAUCUGAGAAAUCUCGGUGGAAUGGGUCCAACCAGAAGAAGAAAUUCCAGAAUUGUGAAUGGCAUAGAAAGCUUGCUGUUAGCCCCGACUCCAAAAGUCUCUGACACUCUUACUCAUCAUUCAGAAAGAUUCCAGGCUCACAAAAGGGCUCCGGAGGCUUUUGUGUCUAUUCAGCUAGAAAAGGUAGGACUGCGGGACAUGAUGCUGAAUGCCUUCCUCUUCAGGAAACAGACCAUGGCUGACAGAAUGAAGAGCCUUGACGAAAUUGAGAAAGUCAAGAGAGAUGUUAUAGUUGAAUAUUGUCAGAAGUAAGUAUAGUAUAUGUGAACUACACAUGCUGAUUUCUCUGACUCUGAGUUCAAUAAACAGCAGUAUUAUGUAGAAAUCCA